AUGGUCGCGCGACAGAUGCGAAUCGAGCGACAGGAGACGUCGCAAUGCCAGCAAGUGUCGUUCGAUCGCGACGCUGCGAACGUGUUUCAGCACUACGUGCAUGACAGCUUGGCCUUCUCCAUCAAGCGGGGCGGCUUCCUGUUCGGGGAGGUGCGGGAGGAUGGGCACGUGCUGGUGGAUUUCAUCUACGAGCCGCCUCAGCACGGCACAGAGCACACGCUUCAGAUCUUUUCAAACGAAGCUGAAGAGAGGGCAGUGGCGGCGAUAGCAGCGGGGUUGGGCAUGCGCUGUGUGGGCUUCAUCGUGACUCAAACCCUCGCAGAGGAUCAACAGGCACAGGAGCACUCCUUCACUCUAUCUGCUUCCGACCUCCUGCUUUCAGCUAGGCUUCAUUGCGCCACUGCUAGGGAUAGCAGCGGGGGAAAGGGGGGCGGGGAGGGGGAGGCGAGUGCUGGGGGGACAGCGGAUGCUGGUGCGCAGGCAGGGGGGAGGGGGAACGGGGAUGGGGCGGCAGGAGGGGAAGGAGGAGAGAAGAAAGGAGAGGAGGAGGGAGGGGAGCCGUUUAAGUACUUCGCGAUCGUGCUGGUGAAACUUUUAGUGGAUGAGGAGGGGGAUGGGGGCGGGGACGUGCAUUUUGAGGCCUUUCAACUAAGCGAUCAGUGCCUGAAGCUGUACCGGGAAGGAUGGUUUGCAGGGGAUGGGAAGGGGGAAGAGGAGGAGGGGGGGGGAGGCGGGGGGAGGGACAAGGGGAAGGGGAAGGUUGGGGAGAAGGAGAAAGGGAAGAGUGGGGAGAAGGGGGAGAAGGAGGAGGAGAAGGAGGUUGAUCCGAAGGUGUCUAGAAUGAGGAAAGAAGUGGUGGUGGCUGGGAGGGACACAAAGGAGGUGGAUAAUGACUUCUUCCUCAUGCCGAUUAAGAUUGUGGAUCACCAGGGCCCUCUCACAACAUCCUUCCCAGUGGAGAACAGGGUGAUUCUUCCCACUCAGAACGACCUGAAGCAGCAUUUGGAUCGCACCCGCUCCAAGCCAUGGGCCGACCGCCUUGCAGACUUUCACCUGCUGCUCUACCUCAGCAACUUCCUGGAUGCUUCCACGGACAUGCCUAUGUUGGCCCAGGCAGUUCGCACUAAGGAGCCCAUUAGUGAGGGACACCAGUUGAUUAUCGAGCAUUUGGCUUAA